AUGGCAACUGAAUCUCAACCGACCAAUACACAACAGCUGGCCCAGGAAAUUAUUACUACAGAAAAUAUGGAAACACCCCUGUUGGAAAAUGAUGGAGUACAAACUGAAUCGAAUAGCAGUUUGCCGGAAGAGACACCUCAAGUAAACAGUAACAGUGCACAUGAACAAUUAUCAAGUGGAAACAACACUACAUUUGUUGACAAUGGAAUUGGAACACAGGCGUCUGAGUCGUCCAGCAGCCAAUCGGAAUUAAACACGACUUCACAAAGUGGAAGUACUCGCAGAGUAGAUGGACAUUUGGAGCGAAUUCGAAUUCCUAUUUUUACAGGAGACAAAAUGAAGUUUCAACAAUGGAAUGCCGCUUUUACUAGCUGUGUAGAUAAAACGUCAUUGAGUCCACAGUUCAAAAUGCUUAGACUAGAAUCAUGUUUACGAAGAGAAGCAGCCGAUACAGUUAGGGGACUUGGAUACUCGCAAGAAGCUUACAAUGCUGCAAGGGCGAGAUUGGAGAGAAAGUAUGGUGGUAGUCGGAGACAGGUUCAGAGUCAUUUAGAAGAAUUAAAAAAGUUGAAACCAUUACAAGAGGAAAAUGCCAGAGAAUUGGAAAUCUUUGCGGAUGUUUUAGAGCGGGCUGUCAUUUGCCUGAAAGAGAAUGGUAGACAAGCGGAUCUGGAAGCCGGAACUUUAUACACCAUUGUUCUUGAGAAGAUCCCGGAGAAAUUACUCUCCCAAUACUACAGAUGGUUAAGAGAGAAACAAAAGGAAGAAUCCAUGGAGACAUUAAAGGAUUGGAUUUCCCAAGAAGCCGAGUACCAAAUUCAGGCCUCAGAGAUUAAGCAUGGGUUUCGGAAGAUACGAGCAGAAAGAGUCGAUGGAAGCGGAGGUGGUUCCGGUCGAGGCGGACGGACCUUCUAUGGAAAACCAGUUGAUGGAGGUGACAAAAGAGUCAAGAAAUGCCAAGUUUGCACAGAGAUCCACCCUAUUUGGAAGUGUACAAAAUAUCGAGAUCAGUCAAUAGAAGACAAGUGGAAAAUGGCAAAGAAGUUAG